AUGAUGGGGGUGAGGCUGCGCGUACAGCGCCUCAAUGGUACCGGCAAUGCCAGCGUCCGCGUCCCCACUCGCAUGCGCAAGUCCGGCGUCGACGUCGCAUCGAAGAACAAGCAGUUCUCCAAAACCGCCGCGCGCGAGUCUGCGAUCAAGGCCGAGUCGUCCACGGCGACCUACGAGCGGGAGGCUGCGACCGAGGACAAGAGCCAGUGGCAGUCUCUGCAGCCCGCGCUGGCCGUCAACUCCCCGAACGGCUCCGCGAGCGCGGGGGGGCCGGAGUCGCGCCCCCCGCGGUUCCUCAAGUGGGUCGCGAAUGAGCGCGAGGAGGUCCGCACCAUCAACUACAGCAUCAACCUGGGGGCCAUCCUGCUGUUCGCCGGCGCGGCCGUCACCAAGAUGCUCACCGUCGACGCCGACAUCUCCCGCGGGUGGACGAUGUACGAGGUCCUCACGCGCGUCCCCAAGGACAACUGGCUGUGGUACGAGUCGUGCCUGGAGAACAACCCGAUCCUCGCGAAGGCGACCAUUUCGGGCAUUGUGUACACCAUCGGCGACCUGACCGCGCAGACUUACGAGGGCCGCGGGCUGGACGACCUGGACCGCGGACGCGUGCUGCGGUCCGGCCUGGCGGGCUUCAUCGGCCACGGCCCGCUCUCGCACUGCUGGUACCUCUUCUGCGACAGCGCCUUUGCCAACCUGUACAUCCCCCCCUCCAACUGGCUCUCCAGCGAGGCGAACGUGACGCUGGCCAAGGUGCUCGUGGACCAGACGGCGUGGUCGUUCACGUGGAACAGCAUCUACUACCUCCUCCUCGGCGCGAUGCGCUUCGAGCGCCCGAAGCAGACGCUCAAGACCAUCGGCGAGACCUGGUACACGCUCCUGUCGGCGGGGUGGAAGCUGUGGCCGUUCGCGCACAUCAUCACGUACGGCGUGGUGCCGCAGGAGCACCGCCUGCUGUGGGUCGACAUGGUCGAGAUCGUCUGGGUGACGAUCCUGUCGUUCAUCGGCAACCAGAACCGCGACGGCAAGGAGAAGGACGUCGCGGAGGCCGCCGCGGAGGUCGCCGACCUCACUGCGGCCGCGGGCGGCAGCGCCGUCGCGCUGCCCGAGGCGGCGCCCGCGGCGGCGACGUGUCCGCUGCCCGGCGGCCAGAACAGCAUGGUGGAGAUGAUGCGCGGGAUCGAGGAGGAGAGCAGCGUCAUCUUCGUGAACGAGGAGGGCGACGAGGUGGUCAAGGACCUGGCGGACGUCUACGAGGACCCCGCGCCGCCGACGGAGAAGGAGUUCGAGGAGGCGCGGCAGGAGAACGUGUGGGUGGAGUGA